AUGACAUUCAACGGGACAUGGAAAGUUGACAGAAGUGAAAACUAUGAUCAGUUUAUGGAAGUUAUGGGUGUGAAUAUAAUGAAACGUAAGCUAGCUGCACAUGAUAACCUGAAGAUCACAAUCCAACAGGAUGGGAACAAUUUUAAUAUAAAGGAAUCCAGCACCUUCAGGACCAUUGAAAUCAAUUUCACUCUUGGAGUCACAUUUGAGUAUUCUCUUGCAGAUGGAACAGAACUCGCUGGUUCCUGGGUUUUAGAGGGAGAUAAACUCGUAGGAACAUUUAAAAGAAAGGACAAUGGAAACGAGCUGAGGACAUGGAGAGUGAUAGUUGGUGAUGAACUUAUACAGACAUACACUUAUGAAGGAACUGAAGCCAAGAGAAUUUUCAAGAGAGCCUAA